AUCCCAGUUGCAGGCAUUGCUGGAAAGGCUUGGACAUUCACCCAAUUUGGCACCGUCUAUGUCGUCGACGACAAUAUCACCAAAACCCCAGAUCCAAAGUCACCCAAAGUUGCGCAAUUUCAAGGCCUGUACGUGACAGCCUCGUUUGAUGGGUUGCGUGCAUUUGCUACGGCAUCAAUAGUGUUCACAAAUGAAGAGUACAACAGAAGCACCAUACAAAUACAAGGUACUAAUCAGGAUCCUGAUACAGAGGUUGCAGUGGUGGGCGGGACUGGGAAAUUCCGAUUUGCUAGGGGCUAUGCAACUUCUAAGAUAUAUUUCUUGGACACUGCUACCCAACACUCGGUUGUCCAGUUGAAUGUCACGGUGCAAACUAGUUGAAAAUAUUGACGGG